UUUAUGACUCUAAGCUUAAUUAAAUAUCUAUUCUCUGGACACAGCAAUAUGUGGAAAAUGUAGAACAAAACACAAAGAAAACAUGCAGAGCAAUGCGGCGUGGCUGCUGCAGGAAAUCGGUGGCGAGUUCAAGGAACCUUCCACAAGAACAAUCAGAGAAAGCAGACUUAAAAAUUCAACAACCUCAACAAUUGAACCGGAAACACCUCGUACGCAUCGUGCUGCUGGCACUGACUGGACACCGGGAUGCUGCAGGGAUCUUGCAAGUGGUAGUUCACUGGAAGAUUUGCACAUCGACGCGUCUGCUAAUAACGAUAGAGCUGUUCAAGACUUCAACGAAUCGAUGGCUAAGAUAGCGACGCACACACCUGCUGGAGUUCUUGAGCCGCUGCAGUUUCAGUUAACAUCGGCUUGGGACGAUGCAAAGCCAGAAGAUAAAAACAUCUGUAAAGAAAGAGCUKCAGACKCGUGCCGAACUGUUUGCGACCUGAUAGCGCCAAAAGAUGGUGACAAGCUAUUCCAAGCAAUCCAACAAGAACCCACAGGCCCUACAGAUGACCUGAUCGCGUUAAUGUGUGCUUAUCGUGAUGCACAGACCCGUAACUUGAAGAUACAAAUACUCAGUAUAUAUGCAUACCGUCAUACCAUGAAGAAAUUGCAAGCUUUUCACGAGCCUUAUGAAAAAGUCAGUAUCAGGCAAAUCAAGUUGGCCAGAUYACAUGCGAAAAAGAGAGGUCCAGGCUCAGCUGUCCCUAAGAUAGUGCACCAUCGGGUGCGUCUAGACACACAAAAAGUUGAUCACUUCGUUGAUUUCGUCAAUCGACCUUAUUUUUAUCAAGAUGUUGCAUUUGGAACAAGAAAGAUUACCUUAGAUGAAGGCAGUCAGAUAACAAUGCCUAAUGUAAUCCGCACUGUUACAAGAUCUACGAUGGUGAUGCAGUACUUACAGUAUUGCAAAGAAGAGUCAUUUGAGCCCAUUAGUCGUUCGACAAUGUAUCGUAUCUUGGAAGUGCGAGAAGCUUCACAACGUAAAUMAUUGUGCGGCCUCGAUAAUACUGCUGCUGAAGGAGURUCUGCCUUUGGGCAAUUAUCUUCUAUAACCGAUGAACUUUGUGAAGUCGGUGCAGACAAAGAAAACAUGACAAGCUUAAAAAACAGGUUGAAUGAAGGCAUGAAAUACCUUAAAACGACAUUCAAAACAGACUGCAUGGCCGAAGAAAGCGAAUGCGCUGACCACUGUAGGCGCUUUGCUUUGAGCGAUCCGAGCAAUAAGAAAUUUCAAAGAAAGUGUUCGCAUUCAUCACAUCAAUUGUCUUGCAACCGCUGUCAGCAAUUAAUAUUGGUAAUAGAUGAGAUAGAGGCUGGCAUAAAGAAUCAUCCAAGUAAUCUUUACAACAAAGAGCAACGCGAUGAUCUCAUGUACGACUUCAAUGCCUCAAAAAGCAAAAUCUUCGCAUGGAAGUGUCACAUCAUCAGAGGUGUAAAUCAGGAACAGGCAAAACAAGAAGCAAUACGUUAUUUGUCACCCCAUUCUGCCUUAGUUAUAAUCGAUUGGGCGAUGAAAUUCAAUCAAAUGAGGUACAGAGAAAAGCAAAGCGAGUGGUUCGGUAAGCGUGGAUUAAGUUGGCAUAUUAGCAGUGUAGUGACUUACAAUAAUCAAUGCAAGACUACUCGAGUUUUGUCCUAUGCUCAUCUGUUUGACUCAUGCUCCCAGGACUGGUUUGCUGUGACUUCCGUUCUUGAGAGCCUUCUAGAAAGUAUCAAAGUUGACUUUCCAGAUGUGAAAACGGUAUGUAUUCGUUCAGACGAAGCAGGAUGUUAUCACACUACCAAUCUCAUUGCAGCAGCUAAAGAUGUCRGUGAACGUGUUGGAAUUGCUGUUGAACGGUAUGAUUUUUCUGAGCCUCAACAAGGAAAGGACGUAUGUGACAGAGUGCUUUGUCCAAUGAAGGCUUCAAUCAGGAGAUACUGCGCUGAAGGGAACGACAUUCUGAAUGUGUCCCAUAUGAGGGAGGCUUUACAAGAGAGGCCAGUUAAGGGAACAACUGCGGCCGUGAGCAUUUUGGAUGAAUGCAGCCAGAGUCUCGAAGUGCAUAAAAUCAAAUACUUUAGUGAAUUACAUAACUUUAAGUAUGAAGAGAAAGGACUGCGCACGUGGAAAGCCUAUGGUAUCGGUCCAGGUAAAGUCAUACCUUGGAAAUCUCUAUAUGUUAAACAUCAAGGAGCGACCAACAUAUCAUUGCAAGAAGGACAAGAGUUUUUCAACACCAGUGAAACAAGACAGCUUUCAGUUGGCAAGGAUAAUCAAAAUUCCAAGAGUGCAGCUGACAGCGAUGAUCAGCCAUCCCUAUUUGUUUGUCCCGAAGUAGGGUGUAGCUCUAACUUYGAUUCCUUUUCAGAACUCGAGCUUCACAUUGAUGUUGGUUUGCAUGAAAUCCAAACAAAAAGAAAUGAAACUAUAUACGAUGGGCUCCGCCGAGAUUGGGCAGCUAAAUUCUCGGGUAUCGAUACUUAUCAGCCAAAACCAUGCAGUAAACCAGACGAAGCUUCUUAUAUAUCMCUUGUUCAAGAGACACCUUCAACCCUUAGCAUGGGCUGGGCUCUAAAACCAAGAACCGGAGCUGCUCGUUUUACAGAAAAUGUGCGGUCGUAUUUGACAGCAAAGUUUGACCUGGGUGAGAGGACUGGUAGAAAAGCAGAACCUGAACAAGUUGCCGCGGAAAUGCGGWGCGCGAGAAAUGAGAACGAUGAAAGGCGCUUUGAAAGAGAAGAAUGGCUAUCGAAGACCCAAAUUGCAGGAUUCUUUUCACGUCUUUCCACUUCGCGAAAAAAAUCCACAGUACGAGAUAUUACCGUGACCAGUCCUCAGAAAAAUGUACAAUCUUCGGUAGACGAGGAAUUAGACAUUCAGGAUGUAAUACGAGAGUCAGAACGUAUGAAUCUGUUACAAGAAAUUGAGGAUAGCAUUGGCCUGCAAGAUCUCAGCCUUCAAUGUUACAAUGCUGAAAAAAAUACUUAA